AUGUCGACGAUUCAGCAGCGGAAAGAUGAGAUUCUUGCCAAACGAGCUAAGCUUGCCGAGCUGAAAAAGCAGCGGGAGCUCCGCCAGAAGGAGUUCACCUCCCGGAGCAGCAUCGGGGAUGCUUCAGAGGUUGUCUCCCCAGUACCGAGCCGCGCGGACAGCCGACACGAUCUCGACGACUUGAUCUCUCGUCUGGUCGACCGCCCAGGGUCGGCAUCCCUCAGCCACGGUGGUGUCGAGAGCCAGUCGCGGCGAGGAAGCCGACCAACCUCAGUAUUGAGCGCCAGUCAAUUGAGUGGAGAUAAUGCCGACACAUAUCCAGCUUCAUCGCGACCACAGUCUCAGUCCAUCGCGGUCCAGACCACAGAUGAGCCUUACACUCCAUACGCAGCAGAAGCCCCGCACCCCCCUGAAGUUGGAUCUGAAGCUAGACCGGUAUCUAAACCUGAAGUUGUCACCUACAGCAAGGGUGUGCAAACCGAUGGGCUAGACUUGCAGCCCGAGACUCCUGACGAGUCUGUCGCUUCGGACAAUGAGGAGGCACCUGGUACCACUCGUUCGAGCAAGCGUCUCAGUCGACGAGACCGGGAGCGCGACGAGGAAAUCCGACAGAAGCUCCGCAAAGAAAUUGAGGAGGAGCUGCAAGCUACUAAUCAAAAUGCCAAUAAUGAUAACUCCGCCGCGCAACCCGCAAAACUGCGGUACCCUCUACGCAUGCUCGAUGACGAUGAGCUGCAGGCAGUCACGUCGUCUGACGAUUUCCUAGACUUCGUGGAGCGUUCUUCGAAGGUCAUUGAGCGAGCUCUAGAUGAGGACUACGAUGUGCUGGCAGACUAUGAGCUUGGUGGUACGGAAAAUUUGCAAGAAGAUGAGGAGACAGGCAAGAAGAGGCGAGGAAUGCAUGAAGUGUGCCAUUUCUGGGACGAACGAUGGAGCAAGAAUCGUAUCAUCAGUGAUCUUGGCUUCUCUCCCAAGUUCCCUGAACUAUUGCUUGCAUCAUACACCAAGAAUACCUCCGCGCCACACGAACCUGACGGCCUUGUCCAGAUCUGGAACCAGCACUUACAAUCUCGUCCGGAAUACGUGUUCCAUUCCACAUCCGAUAUCCUUACCGCGAAAUUCUCUCCCUACCACCCAAACCUUGUUGUCGGAGGAUCCUACUCAGGACAGGUGCUUGUGUGGGACACACGUUCUUCUCGCGCCGGCGGAGGCUCUCCUGUACAAAAGACUCCCCUGUCCGGGGGCGGUCAUGCUCACCCCGUCUACAGUAUCUCCAUCGUCGGCACACAGAAUGCACACAAUAUCAUGACCGCCUCCACGGACGGUGUGGUCUGCGGCUGGACGAUGGAUAUGCUUUCUUAUCCACAGGAUCGUGUGGAGCUUACCACACCUCCCCCAUCCAAGACAGAGGACCUUGCGCCCACCACCAUGUCAUUCCCUCACACCGACCCUACAUUCUUCAUCGUCGGCACCGAAGAAGGUGUCAUUUAUCCCUGCCACCGAUAUGACCGGGCCGGAGCGAAGUCUGGCACAGACCACCGCCUAGCCUACAAGGGACAUACGGCACCAAUCAUGUCAACCGCUUUCCACCCUGGCCGUGGGCCUGUGGACCUCGGAGACCUCAUGCUGAGCUCGAGUCUGGACUGGAGCGUUAAGCUCUGGCGUGUGCGACCCCCCGCGACGACCGCCUCUGCCACAUCCGGGUUGGCCCAAUCCCAAGUUGUUUCCCCUAUACUGGACAUAACCCGCGACGAUGUUGUUUACGAUGCGCGCUGGCACCCUACUCGACCUGGUGUAUUCUCCCUGGUCGACGGUGCCGGCAACGUCGAAGUCUGGGACCUUGCUACAGAUACCGAGGUGCCGGUGGCACGUGAAGUUGUCGAUAAUACCCACGGCAACAUCAUGUCUCGCAGCCUCAAUAAGGUUGCGUGGGAUGAGCGUGAAGGACGCCGCUUGGCAACUGGUGGCCUCAACGGUGUCGUUACUGUCUUUGAAGUUGGCAAGGGUCUCUGUGGGCUUCCCGAGGAAGUGCCAGCGGACGAGUGGACAGGCAUGAAGCGGCUUGUUGGGAAGUUGGAACAGAAGGACAAGGAUCGGGUGGCUUGA